AUGGUCCCCAACCCCCUGCCGCCGCAGGAGAGCAGGACCCCAGGGGACACCCCUCCUGGCAGCGGGAACCCCACAUCCCCGCGGGACCCCCAGUCCCCCCGCAGCCCCUCGCCCAGCUGGAUGGAGCUGCUGAGCGGGAUGUGCCUGGUGCGGCCGGUGCCAUCAGGCCACUUGCUGGUGACCCUGCAGAGGACCCUCGGCGCCGGGCAGGGCGAGAGCCGGGCGAGAGCCAGCAGCCGGCCGCGGCAGGGCCGAAGCGGUGGCAGCUCGGUCACCCCCAUGACCAGUGACUCAUCCCAGACCGAGCCAGUGGCCAGGAGCCUCUCACCAGGCAGGGAGGUGGCCCCGGCACAGCCCCGGUGGCCCCACACCACAGCCAUCACCCACCCAAACCCCCCCCAUGGGGGUGUGCAGCACGCCAUGCCCAAAUCCGGCCACCGGCGCGUGCGGCACCCGGCUCCCCGCCGUCCCCCCGCCCAGCCGGCAGCGGCCUGGCAGGGUCCCUCGCCCCUGCAGCCCCCCACCGCCCGGCCCGACGCUGUCAUGAGGGGCUCCGCGCCCCCGCUCCUUGUUCCUGACUGUCCUCCCCGGCCGUCACCUCCCAGGAGGGACAAGGGCACCCACACCAAGCUGCAGGCCACCGAGAGCUGCCCCCAAGCCCCCUGUUCCCCCCGGGGUCCUGCUCUGUCCCCACCUGAGGUGGUCCCCAGUGACAUCCCCAGCAGGGCUCUGCCCAAGCUCGGCCCCGGCUCGCCAUGGUGGCCCUUGCUGCAGGCAGGGAGCCAGGUGUCCCCACAUCCCACGUCCCCACUGGCGGACCAGCAGCCAAGUGCUGCCGAGACGAUGGCCAAAGGCACCAGUGGCAUUGGCAAGGACAUGGCCGAGCCAGUGCUGCUCGGCAGAGUGUCCUCCACCAUCCUGCACGAGGCCCAGACGGAGAGCUCCGGCUCCGGCCACGAUGAUGGGGAUGAGCCAUCAGCCACUGGGUUUAUCACCUUCUUCAUGGGUAAGUUUGGGCGACCGGGUGGGAGGGAGAGUGCGGCUUCUGCCGGCAUCUCAGCGGGGUAG